AGAAUGAGCUAAACAGGAAGCUCUGCUAUUCCCCACUGUUGGUGAUCACUUUGAAACGAACUGAGCAACCUCUCUUUGCUCCAAUAGACGGAAGCUACUUCUGGCUGUAUAAUCUCCAAGUUCUUACCUCUCCCUUUCACUCAGCUCACAAGAUCAAAUUGCAUUUCUUUUAUGAUUUUCUAUUCCUUUAGCUCCCUGAUCUGGUGAAGAAAAGAAAGAAAAGAAAAGUAGGAGAUAAAUCUUCUCUGCUAUGGCUGGAGGGCUAAACUAACCUCAGCCCCGUUUUGAAAAAAAAAAAAAAAAAACACAAACCUUUCCAAGAACUUUCUACAGGAACUUUGCUGAAAUGAUCACCAAGAUGAAGAAAGGGCAUUGGCUUAUGGCUGCAGUCUUCUUACUGAUUAGCCUUGCUCCUUGGCCUCUGGAUGCUAACUCUGAAGAAGAAGAAGAAGAAGGAGACACUAUAGAGAUGUAUUUUCCACCACCAAAACUUCUACUUUCCAGUUGUGCCUACAAAGCUGAUGGAGGACCAUGUAAAGCCAUGUUCAAAAAGUUUUUCUAUAAUAUUUACACUCAGCGUUGUGAAGAAUUUAUAUAUGGAGGUUGUGAAGGCAAUGAAAACAGAUUUGAAAGUUUGGAAGACUGCCAGAAACAGUGUGUAGCAGAAUACCCAAGGAAGACUGAAAAGAAAAAAAUUCUACAAGAAAAGCCUGAUUUCUGCUUUUUGGAACAAGAUUCUGGAAUUUGUCGAGCAUUACUUCUCAGGUAUUAUUAUAAUAGUACAUCAAAACGAUGUGAACCUUUCAAAUAUGGCGGGUGCCUAGGCAAUGCCAACAACUUUGAAUCUCUGGAAGAAUGCAAGAAUAUCUGCGAGGAUGAAUUGGAUACAAUACGUGUAGACCAUGGUGAAAAAGUAGCUGUUUCAGCAAACAAUAAUUCCGCAACAGUCAAGCCAACUGAAGUUCGGAAACUUUUUGAAUUCUACGGCCCUUCUUGGUGUCUGACUCCUGCAGAUAGAGGACUUUGCAGGGCCAAUGAGAAAAGAUUUUAUUUUAAUUCUUCUAUUGGAAAAUGUCGUUCUUUUUACUACAGUGGAUGUGGUGGGAAUGAAAACAAUUUCACUUCUAAAAAAUCAUGUCUCAGGACUUGUAAGAAAGGUUUUAGUAGACAAGCCAAACAUGGAUUAAUCAAAACUAAGAGAAAAAGAAAGAAACAUCCAGUGAAGAAAUAUGAAAAAAUCAUUGUUGAAAAAAUAUAGCUUCCUUACAAAAAAUAACCUGAAAUUGAAAACAACUCACCAUAUGGUAUUUUGCUUGCAAAAUGUAGAGUGGAUAGCAACUUAGUCAAACAUUACUUAAAGAUCUGAUUCCUUUAUUAAAGUAUAGAAAUUUAUUAUUUAAUCAUAACAAUAAAUGAUUUUGUGAAAUGUUGGUUAUUUGUUCAGAAAUAUAAGAAGUCUACUUUUAGUCAAUAUGGAAUAUUUCCUCUUCCAUAUCUGUUCUGUAGUAAUUCAGAGACCAAUUAACCGAGUUUCAUCAUAUUUUACUUUCGCUUGUCAUUUUCUACUCUUCUUUUUUUCUUUUAUUUUUUUAGUCAAUUCACAAAUAAUUACCUCAUCACUCUGUAUCCCAGUAUAAAGUUCAAACUGAUCCGUUUUAUUUUGGUAACCAUUAACUUAUGAAAUAGUUUUCAGCUGUUAGGCACCAUUUUCUACUCUCUCUUUCUCUUAGUCUCUAAUUGGAUUAAGAUUUCUGAUAUAAAGCAAUAAGAAUUAAUCUAUGCCAAUGUACAGAACUAAUCUGAUCACUUUAUUUAAUAUUCAAACCUCCAUGACUUCACUAAUUAGAUCAAGUUAAUCAGAAUGGUUGACUUCAUUUUCCAUGUCAAUUUAAUUAUAGGCAAAAUAGAGCUGUCCUGGAAAAGGGGGGAGGGGUAAAAAAGUUGAAACAAUUUUUAUUGACAU